UGAGGCGGCCAUCAACCAGAUGCCCUGCCGGUCUCAAGUGUCCUGCUCCGGAGAAGAGAAGCAGGCGGGUACCUCGGAGUGGAGGCUCCUCCAGGCUGCACACACGGGGAGGGACCUGCUGCCUGUCCACCCAGAGGCUGAGCCCCCAGGAGAAUCCCGCCCUCCGGAGGACCGACCGAGGACAGCAAACCGGUGCUGCUGCUGGCCCAGGAACACCAGGCGGCCACUGCAGGGGAUAGCAUGGCAAGACCUCGGCUGGCCAUCAGGCACCCACCCUCCUGCACGCCUCCCUAGCCCCACCAGCAAGCACCCAUCUGGUCUACGGCAGCGGGUCCCCCAGCCAACCUAUCGCCAUGGCAGCCCUGAUUGCAGAGAACUUCCGCUUCCUCUCGCUCUUCUUCAAAAGCAAGGAUGUGAUGAUCUUCAACGGGCUGGUGGCCCUGGGAACAGUGGGCAGCCAGGAGCUGUUCUCCGUGGUGGCUUUCCACUGCCCUUGCUCGCCAGCCCGGAACUACCUUUACGGGCUGACGGCCAUCGGCGUGCCUGCCUUGGUACUCUUCCUCAUCAGUAUCAUCCUCAACAACCAUACCUGGAACCUGGUUGCUGAGUGCCAGUACCGGAGGACCAAGACCUGCUCAGCGGCCCCCACCUUCCUCCUUCUAAGCUCCAUCCUGGGCAGGGCGGCGGUGGCCCCCGUCACCUGGUCGGUCAUCUCUCUGCUGCGCGGCGAGGCCUACGUCUGUGCGCUCAGCGAGUUUGUGGACCCCGCCUCGCUCACGGCUGGGGAAGAGGGCUUCCCGCUAGCUCAUGCCACAGAAAUCCUGGCCAGGUUCCCUUGCGGCGAGGGCCCUGCCAACUUGUCAGGCUUCCGGGAGGAGGUCAGUCGCAGGCUCAAAUAUGAGUCCCAGCUCUUUGGGUGGCUGCUCAUCGGCGUGGUGGCCAUCCUGGUGUUCCUGACCAAGUGCCUCAAGCAUUACUGCUCGCCACUCAGCUACCGCCAGGAAGCCUACUGGGCACAGUACCGCGCCAACGAGGACCAGCUCUUCCAGCGCACCACCGAGGUGCACUCCCGGGUGCUCGCUGCCAACAACGUGCGGCGCUUCUUCGGCUUUGUGGCGCUCAACAAGGAUGACGAGGAGUUGGUGGCCAAGUUCCCAGUGCAGGGCACACAGCCUCGGCCACAGUGGAACGCCAUCACGGGUGUCUACUUGUACCGCGAGAACCAGGGCCUCCCACUCUACAGCCGCCUGCACAAGUGGGCCCAGGGCCUAGCAGGCAACGGCUCGGCCCCUGACAACGUCGAGAUGGCCCUGCUCACCUCCUGAGGGCUCUGUUCCCACUCUGCUGAACACAGCGCUUGGUCCCAUGCUGAGCCCCACUACCUGCUCACACCAGCAUCAGAACCGAUUUUUUGAAAAAUCGUCCCUUCUUUGGGGAACACAGAACUACCUGGGGUGUGGAUGAGUCAGUGCCAACAUGGUCAGCUCUGACCAGAAGACUUUUAGACCUAAAGAAACCCCUUCUGUCCUGCCGCCAUAAGCCACUUGGGCAACAGCUUGAGAAAAGAGCUUUUCCCAGAACUGGUCCUUCAUGUGGCAGAUGACCUUCCCCUGGUGGGAUUUGCAGGCCGGGAAGCAGUAGUGAGCAGAGCCCGUGAUAAACCCACCAAUGGGCUCUACGAGGGGCAGUAUGCAGUUAAUUCAUGUCCAACAGCAGACGACCCACUCAGCUGGGAAGCAGCCUGCCAGUAUGCACCUCAGCCUUCACUUUAUGGAUUAAAAGUUUUGAUAAAGCUUU